UGGUCACAUUCGUACUCAAAGUGUAAGUGUUGGUUGCAGAGGCAGAAAUUCUUAUUUUUCUCCUUGAAAAUAUAAUAUCUGUGCAGAAUGGCCGCCCGCCGUAUCGCCCAAUCCUCGAUCAACUGGUCCGCUCUCGCCGAGCGCGUGCCCGCCAACCAGAAGAGCAGCUUCGGCGCCUUCAAGACCAAGUCGGACAUCUAUGUGCGCGCCGUGCUGGCCAAUCCCGAGUGCCCACCCCAGAUCGAUUGGGCCAACUACAAGAAGCUUGUGCCAGUGGCCGGACUCGUCGAUAGCUUCCAGAAGCAGUACGAAGCCCUGAAGGUGCCCUAUCCCCAGGACAAGGUGUCGUCCCAGGUGGAUGCCGAGAUCAAGGCGUCGCAGAGCGAAAUCGAUGCCUACAAGAAGGCCUCGGAGCAGCGCAUUCAGAACUACCAAAAGGAGAUCGCCCAUCUCAAGUCUCUGCUGCCCUACGACCAGAUGACCAUGGAGGACUACCGCGACGCAUUCCCCGAUAGCGCACUCGAUCCCCUCAACAAGCCCACCUUCUGGCCCCACACUCCCGAGGAGCAGGUCGGCUACAAGUCCAAGGAGCAGCUGGAGGCCGAAGCCCAGGGACACCACUAAACCGGAGCGCACGAGGAGCACUCUGACACUGGCUUCGUUGGUCGUCUGUUCGAUUCGAAAUGUAAUCCGCGUUGAAGUAAAUUACCCAAAUUAAAUUCAUUUCAAAUGACAGUUACGGUAUCUAAUUUGCAUUUGUUGUCUAUGUGACAUCUUGUUGGAUGGAUAUGCAUAAAGAAAAUGGGAUCCUUAAAUCAAAAUAAUGAAAUAAAUUGAGAAAACAAUCAAUUUGACAGCCCAAUGCACUGGAAAUGAUAGCCGGUCCUUGCAGUUUUAUAAGCUAAUAGAUAAAAAUCAAAUGCACAAAUAAAUAAAUAAGCAAAUUGGCU